GAACUAUUAACUGUAUUGACUACGGUUACGAAACGUUUUCAAGACUCAGAACAUGCCACCCAAAAAGAAGCCUGGAAAGAAGAAGGGGAAAAAGUCUUCACCUUCCUCUAAGUCCAAAACGCCAACUGUCGUAGAUGGUGUUUCAACAACAGAGAUGACAAAAGAAGAGUUAGAAGAACACAUCAUCCGACUUCGAGAAGAGCUAGAAAGAGAAAGAGAAGAGAGAAAUUACUUUCAGCUAGAAAGAGACAAAGUGAACACGUUCUGGGAAAUAUCCAAACAGCAACUAGAAGAUCGGUCAGCCGAACUAAGAAAUAAAGAACGUGAGAUGGAAGAAUCUGAAGAAAGGCAUCAGUUGGAACUGAAAGUUUACAAACAAAAGGUCAAGCAUCUACUAUAUGAGCACCAAAAUAAUAUUUCUGAAUUGAAAGCGGAGACUGCAACUGCUAUUCGAAUCAACCAAGAAGAACAUUUGAAAGUUCAGGGACUUUUAAGACAAGACGAACAAAACCUGAAGAUCAAGCUGAGGGAAACUCAGCUUUCUAGUGAAGACAAUGUCAGAACCCUGAAGAAAGAACACGAACAUGAAAUGCACGAAAUAAGAAAAGAUUUUGAAAGAAAGAUGGAGGAACAAAAAAAGAUAUACAUGAAAAAUACAAAAGAACUGAAGGAAAAGCUUGAUCUUCAAAGGAAAAAUGAACUGCAUGAGACAGAGGAGAGAAAAAAUAAUCAUAUAAAUGCUCUUAUGCGUAGUCAUGAGAAAUCAUAUGCGGAGAUGAAGAACUAUUACAAUGAUAUUACUUUAAAUAACCUAGCUUUAAUAAACACACUAAAGGAACAACUAGAAGAACGAAAAAAGAAUGAGGAACGCUUAGAGCGUCGAGCAAAUGAGAUAGCAGCUGAAAACCGCCGACUAGUAGAGCCUUUAACUAAGGCUAAAGAAGAAAACACCGAGAUGAAAAGGCAAAUGGCUAACUAUGAAAAAGACAAGACUGUUUUAAAAGCAAGUUAUUUUAAUAAUUUCUAAAAUAAAAAAGUGGAGGGAUUUUGAAUGUGCAGGGAGAUUUUCGAUAAGGUGAGCAAUUUAGUUCGACCUAUAUUCCCUCGAUACAAAGGAAAGCUCAUCUAGAAUUUAUGUAAUCUGAAAUAUAUUCACAUAUUUAGUCUAGUACUCGAUAUAUUAUUGUGCUACCUGAUGCGCCUAAAAGAAAAAAACUACAGUGUAUGUAAAUGAUGUAAGCAUUUUUAAAAAUAAGCUUAAACGGGACUUUAACUAUUCUAUUUUGACUGUCAGAAGGCAUUAGUUUGCACUUUUGGUUUAAAUGCCUGUCAGUGAAUUCAUGCUCUUUGAUUAGCUUUCAUGUGUCAGUCUUUUGCUCUUGCUCUGGUUGAAUCUAAACAAUUGCCUUUUAAUUGUCAAAAAAUACGCACUCUUCUGGGUUAAGAUAUCUUAUUAGAAUUGUCAUAAAACGUUUUUGAUAGGCGAAGUUUCAUUUUCUAUCUGUGGGUUUCUUAUCUAAGUGUUCGACAACAAACAACUGCUGUUGCUAGGCAAUGCGUUUACACUAUUUUUGUUUUUGCUGGCUAUGACUUUCAGAUGCACGGCAGAACGAGUUUCCUUGAUAUGCUGCGCUCUUGAACUACCAUUGAUCAUUAAAUUUACAAAGUGCACGAGAAGUAACAUAACUUUGUUUUACAUAAUAAUCUCGUUUGUUUUAUCAAUUAUUUAUAAUGAUCAAUUCAAAGAAAGCAUGAGGCUUUUAUCACAACAACGGAAUGAAGCAAAUAAUUACCAAUAAUAUCAUUAACAUGAUUUAUUGAAAAUUAAUGUGGUAUUCUGCGGAACUCAAAGGUCAUUUGUGAGAAUUUCAAUAAAAACUGACAAUUUUCGCACCAUACGCAACAAUAAUUUCUAACAUUUUAGCACCUAACACCAACAACUCUACACAUAAUCUGAUACAAUUUUCAGAUUUUGCGUGGAUCGUGAUACCUUCCAACCAAUGAGUUAAGACCCAUUGAUUACAGCCUCCAGAAUGUAAGAACGUCGUAAACUUUACCUUUGAGAACUUAUCACACAAUUUACUUUGACACAAAGUUCAUAACUUUCCACUAGAAAUGCAAAAUCAGUUUUUGGGCUAGUUAUUAGUGGAAACAUAAUGAUGAUAAUGGUAAUGAUAAUAAUUAAUAGUAGUAGUAGCAGUAAUAAUAGCGGUAGCAGCAGUAGUAUAGUAGUAAUAAUAGUACGAAAGACUGUUUCAUCAAUAGUAUUGUGGCAGUUUACCGUUAUCCUGGAAAAGCUUUAGAUACAUAGGGGAUUAUGAAAAGCAAAGUACGUAAAUAAGCUGGAAAGGAAGAGAAAGAGUGAGCCAACCACUCAGUAAGUACUCAGGAUGUGAUUGGACUUAUUAAUAGAGUCAACCGAUAACACUUAGUAAUAGUAUCAGACACUCCAACGACCACAACUAGGAGUGCUAGCAUGAUAUUUUGAACCCGUUACAAGCGAUUUAAUUUGAAUAUAACAAUCACCCCAUAGAAAACGAAUUAGUUAAAGAAACGCUAACCAGAAUCCUUUUGGUGAGAACUAUUCCCAGGUUUAAAAAUUAUUAAUAUGGAUGAUUUUUCUUUACCAUUUCUUAUAUUAGCAAACUAAAGCUUUAUUAAAAACUUGUGAAAAAGAAAAGAAACGUACUGAAUGGAAAUAUGAUAUUUUGGAACAACAAUUUAAACACGUAAGUAUAUAUAUGACGAAUUCCCACAAAGCGUCAUUUCCGAUCAUUUCAAAGAUGCCUACCUGGAAUUCUCCAUCUAGCAUAUCGACUCAGAUUAACAGUUAGUGACAUUGUAGACAGCUGCGAUAUCUUCGUUUAUCCUCCCUUUUAAUUUUAUCCCACAUCUACUAGCAUUGGCCUUAUAUGUAAGCAGUAACUUGGAAUACAGCCAUCUAAGAAAAUGAAUGUUUAUAAUUUCAUCCAUUGAUAUUCAUUGAUAUCUGAUUGACAAACUCUUGAUCCACAUAUGACCCAAGUUGGCAAAAGCCAACCAUUCUCUCGGUAUCUUCACAAGUAUCUCAUGGGUCACUAACUUAACAGAAGUUGAUUGAUUAUUCAACUAAGAAUGACGUCUGAUAAGAGUCACUUUUGUAACUUGUGUCAAAACUCACUUUAGGAUUUCAUCGAUCUAGUUCAGUCAGUCAGUCAUAUGCAACGUAGAGUUUGGCAUGUAUGUCCACCCUAGCAAAUACGAAUUAAUGUUAUCAGCUCUAACAGCAGCUUGUAGUAGGCUCAUACUCGGUCAGUAGUGUUCGAGUAGAAAGCCUGUAUAUGAUUAGCAUACUUCUUCGGUAUGUCUCUUAGUGACAGACACUACCCUAAGACUUGACGAUCGACAAAAUCUAACACUACUCUAAAGCCAAGAAAUAAAGCUACGGCCAGAUUUAUCAGGUGAGUCUAUGUUCCAGAACCUGACAGAAGACGAACUUUUGCUUGGUACACCCGUAGCCCGGUCUGAAACCAGCCUGAUUUCACCGAGUUUCCUCUUCGUCAGUCCUAGUUAUGCAUCAGGUGGCUAUUGGAGCCAAUAUUGUGGACAUUAUGUUAGUCAAACAGGUCUCUAUGCAAUUUUUACAAGAGAAUUUCUGGACGAUCAGCAAUAGAAACCCUUCAGGUGCGAUUACGUGCGGUUCACAGAUUCUAGUAUCUCAGUCAAUCUAACUACUAAAACUGAACUAUCAUCGCUAAAGAUCUCUAGGAACAACUGAUCAGAGCCUGUUAUCUUUUCAUGCUUUAGAUUAGCUAUGAAUUUUCUACUUCAUUAAGACUCAAGGAGCUUAUGCUGUAUGGUAACAGUAAGGAAUCGAAAGGCAACUCGAGACAGGUUAAACUGUUUUCCAAAAUGUUUCGCCUGUUGUCCCAAUCUCAUAAAUAUUCCCACUAACUCGAAAGUUCUUAACACCUAUUUCUUUGACUAAUGUGAUAGGCUGUCUAUUGUUGGCUGUUGCUAUUACCUUUUCCAUCUCUUUUGCUUUCUCUGUCCACCACUACUUACGAACAGUACGUAGACUUGUCAGUCUGUGUUUAAGAUAUCCUUACUCUUCAUAGUGCUUCUAGCUUGACUGGAUGAAUUACAAGCAUCUGUUAUUUCAGUAGACCCCAUCAAAAUUCAGCCUUGUAGCUAAAGUCACUGAUAUGACAAUACUACUAUUUUCAUAGCUGUUUGGAUAUUAUGAAUUUUUAACGUGUAUUUCAAAAAAAUAUCCUGACUAUGCUAAUUACAAAUAUUUCUUGAUUCAGAUUGAAGCUGAACGUAAUGAUUUAUAUGAGAAAUUUGUACUAGCUAUUCAAGAAGUUCAACAGAAAUGUGGAUUAAAGAAUAUAUUGUUAGAGAAACGUUUAACUGCACUAACGGAAACAAUUGAAAAGAAAGAAGCACAAUUAAGUGAAGUUUUAUCAGCAAGUAAUUUAGAUCCUAUCUCUAUGGCAACAGUAUCAAGGAAAUUAGGCGAUAUUCUAGAUUCUAAAAAUGGUACCAUUAAAGAACUUCAGUAUGAAUUGGCAAGAGUUUGUAAGGCACAUAAUGAUCUUUUAUUGGCAUGUGAAUCAAAACUUCAACAAUUUGGUAUACCUUUUCAAGAACUUGGUUUUCGUCCAUUAAAAACUACAUUAAAUACACAAAAAUUAGGUCAUGGACCAGCUGGUCUAGUAUCUGUACCACCAUAAUAAUAUUAAAGAGGAAACAUUUG